AUGUUUUUAAAAGAGAGUCGAGAAGAACUGGUCUCAAAAGCCUUAGAAUAUACAGCCACAACUUGUGCUAAAUUGGUAAUUGAUAUAGAAAGCAGAAAUCGCAAAACUAGUUUAAAAUAUGUCAGGAGAAAACCUAAAGAUGCAGGUUUGAUUCCACAGCAAGAAGUGAAGCGUGCUAUGUUAGAUUGCAUUGUAGAGUUAGAAAAGAGACUAACAUCAAUGAACAAUGAAUAUCAACAAUUUGCUGUUGUACACUCAGAAAAAAUGCAAGUAAUGAAGACUUAUAUACAUCAGUUCACAAAUACUUUUGAUGAUUUAGAGGAAGAAGAAAUGUUACCAGAAGUGAAGAGGCUAAAAAGACAUCUGAAGGCUUCUGGAAUAAAAAUUGAUGAUGCAGCUUCAUGA